CAGCGCACCUUAAGGCGCAUGGUGUUGAUCUUCAGGAGAAAAAAGAAAACGUUUAGUUCAAUAAAUAAGCAAAAGAAUCGUAGAUUAACAAUUUUUGCUUUUUCCUUUUUGGCAUUUCUGUUUCGCAAUAGCAAUGGUAGCAACUAUGUUUACAAUCAUUAAUCUGAGAGCAAAGUUGAUCCUCGAUUCAUCCAUAACCCAUGACUAAUCACGAGUCUUACCAAAUGUUAGAUCCCAAUUAAGGGCUUUGUACUUGAUAUUACUAUUCUGCAAUGUAAAUAAAUGGCUGAUAAUACCCUAAGGACUAGUUCUCCCGGUCGGGAUAUUCUGCAGGCAAUUACAGCUAUUAAAAAGGGGGCAUAUCUGCUCAAGUAUGGUCGCUGGGGGAAGCCAAAAUUCUGUCCGUUUCGUCUUUCUAAUGAUGAGAGAUUUUUGAUAUGGUAUGCUGGCAAACUGGAGAAGCAACUUAAACUAAGCCAUGUUUCCAAGAUUAUGCCAGGACAACAUACUGCAAUUUUUCAGCGCUACCCUCAGCCUGAAAAGGAGUAUCAGUCAUUUUCUCUUAUAUACAGUAAUAGAUCCUUGGAUGUGAUAUGUAAGGACAAAGUUGAAGCUGAGGUGUGGAUUGUUGCCCUCAGGGCUUUAAUUUCACAGAAUAGCUGCUGCAAACGGAUAGGUGAUCCACAAAGCGAUGCCAAUAGCCCAAGAAGCCAUGCACGUAAAAGCUCUCUAUCAAAUGUAUCAUGUACUAGCAGCGAUAUAAUCUAUAAGGAUCCAGAGGACACCCAUCCAAUUCUGGUCCCUUAUGAGACUUCCCCUCAGAAUAGACUAGGAAAAGCUUUUUCUGAGGUCUUAUCAUUUACUGCAGCAGCAAAGGCUUACACUCAGGCUGAGUCAGUUGCCAGGUCGCUCAGCAACUUGUCAUCUGGGAUAUCUGAUGAUGCAAAUAGUCACAGUUCUGCAGUCGAUGCAUUUCGAAACAGUUCAUCAAGUGCUGUGAGUUCAUCAGGCUAUGUAUCUUCUCACGAAGAUGUUGACGGUCCUGGUGAUGUUUUAUUUUUGGGGGAAGGAAUCAGUAAUUUGCCAUUAGGUGGCAAUAUGUAUGAUGUCAAGAGUUCUCCUAUAAUGAGAAUGGACGCACUUCUGCCAAAGGCAUUGGACAGAAUAGCAGCGCUAGAUGCCCAAAUUAUUGCAUGCGGUAGUAAGCAUGCUGUGAUUGUGACAAAACAGGGCCAGAUCUUUAGUUGGGGUGAAAGUUCGGGCGGUAAACUUGGGCAUGGAGCCGAUGCUGAUGUCUCCCAGCCAAAGGUCAUUGAUGCUUUAAGCGAAUCAAACGUAGUAUUAGUAGCUUGUGGGGAAUUUCACACUUGCGCUGUAACAGUUUCAGGGAAUCUUUAUACUUGGGGUGAUGAUACUCAUAAUACUGGUUAUCUUGGCCAUGGUAGUGCAGUCAGUCACUGGAUCCCCAGAGAAGUAAUUGGUCAAAUAGAGAGCGUGCGUAUAUCAUUCGUCUCUUGUGGACCUUGGCACACAGCGGCUGUUUCAUCACAAGGUAAGCUGUUUACAUUUGGAGAUGGAACUUUCGGUGCCCUGGGCCACGGAGAUCGUAGUAGCACGAGUAAGCCUAGGGAAGUUGAGAGUUUGAAAGGCCUACGAACACUUAAAGUAUCAUGUGGUAUCUGGCACACAGCAGCAGUUAUUGAUUUUAUCAAUGAGAGUGACAGACUCGAUACUUCUCUUUCGGGAAAGCUUUUUACCUGGGGGGCUGGUGAAAGGGGCCAAUUAGGACAUGGUGAUGAAGAACCUAGACUAGUUCCAUCUUGUGUAUCGAUGCCAGCGGGCGUUUGUCAAGUUGCUUGUGCACAUAGUAUGACCAUUGCUCUAACUGUACUGGGUCAAGUAUAUACUAUGGGGGCUGCUGAUUAUGGACAACUUGGAAGUCCUUGUAGUGUUGGUAAGCUUCCCAUUCAUACUGAUGGUGAUAUUAGAAAUUGUCACAUCAAACAGAUAGCAUGUGGUUCGCAUCAUGUUGUAGCUCUGAGUUCAAAUGGUGACGUAUAUACUUGGGGAAAAGGUAUAAAUGGUCAAUUAGGCCAUGGAGACAUCAAGGAUAGACAUACUCCUACACUUGUUAAAGCUUUGAAACAUAAACAGGUGAAGAGUGUUGUAUGUGGCUCUAAUUUUACUGCUGUUAUUUGUCCUCACAAAUGCGUGUCUAGUGCUGAUCAAUCCAUAUGUUCUGGUUGUCAUAAUCCAUUUAAUUUCAGAAGAAAGCGUCAUAACUGUUACAAUUGUGGGCUACUCUUUUGUAAGGCAUGCAGCAGUAAGAGAUCUCUAAAAGCAGCUCUGGCACCUAACGUCAACAAGCCUUCUCGUGUGUGUGAUGAAUGUUUUGCCAAACUAACGACAGCCAUGGAAGAUGGACCAAAAUUACAAGUUCCUAAAAGUUGUAGAGGAAGUCUACAUUACAACUGUAAGGAAAUAGCUGAGGCUGAGAGCAUCACUUCUAAUCCUUCUCAUCAACACUGCAGGCUUUCCUCUCUUGAUUCAUUUAAACAGGCACUGAGGCAAAACUCCCAGCACAAUAAGAAAGCAGAAUCAUGCCAGUGCCAUGUCUCUCCAACCCAAAUUGGAAGUUUGGAAUGGGAACUGACAUAUGAAUAUGAAGAUUUAGGGGAAAUGUCUGCCUCUGAUCCUGGAUCAGGAAUGCUUUCUCGAGCAACCUCACCUGUCUCAAGGAGGUCAAGUCAAGAGCAUUCUUUGCGAUCAGCUUCGUCUUUUAAUAAUUUUGCACAUGCAGAACUUUUACCGGAUAACUCAAAACAAAGAAAUGAGAGCCUUAGCCAAGAAAUAUUGCUAUUAAGGGGACAGGUAGCGGAUCUUACCCACAGAUCCCGGGUGCUUGAAGCAGAUAUUGAUAGAACAUCAAGGCAGCUGAAAGAGGCAACUGAAACAGUAAAAAAAGAAUCUGAGAAAAACAAGGUUGCGAAGGAAAUAAUUAGAUCUCUAACUGCACAGUUAAAGGAUAUGCCCAUAAGCAUACCUGAACAGUGCGUUGAAAGCACAAAGCCAGGUUCAUUUGUUGAAAUGACGUCCAUUUUCCUGAGCGGGGCCUCUAGGGAGAAACUUUCAACCAGCGCCACCUAUUUGGAAUAUGAGUACAAUGGCAAGCUAAUAACACCAAUUUGGAAAAGUAGAAGCAAGAAAAGAUCUGCAAAAUUAGAGACGGUAAUGAAAGACAAGCCUAGCAUGUAUGUUAUGCGACCCCCUUUGCCACAGGUUCAAUUCAGGUACAGCUGAAUUCUUUUCAGAAAGGUAAGAGGCAGAGAAAAGGAGUGAGCAUUUACUAUGAAGAUAUUCAAGUGACCGCAAUAUCAUGAACAUGAGAUAGUUUCUUUCCUACUUGUGUCCGCAGAACGGGAAAACAAAAGAAUCAGGUAACUGAGAUUAAAGUUUUGCAACAGCUCACUCCUCGGACAUUAGUUUUCAAAGUUCUUUCGGCUGACAGUUAAGCUGACAGCACGACUGAUAGCAUCCUUGCCAAGAACCAAAUAAGUAGAUAUCCUUCUCUUUUUUCAGAGUAGAUUUUUCAUUGUUGUUUAUUCAUCUUCUGGUGUAGUAUAUAAUAUACUGUAAUCUUACAUAUAAAGUUAUUUUCGGGAA